AUGUCCUUUGCAAUGGAUCCGGAUCAGGAACACGACGAGCUGUUCGGCUCGUUAGUAGCCAAGCAGGCGAAGGACUUCGGCAGUGCUCUCUUGGAGGCGACUACAAAGACUCAGGACGUUCUCCCAUCCAAGUCUCCGCGACUGGACAAUGGCAAGCGAGGUCGCACACCAUCGGGGGACAACCAGCCCUCCAAUCCUUUUGGGGGAGGGGGCAACCGUCAACGGGGCGGCAAAGGGGACAACCGAGGCCCUCGAUCUCCGCAAGCCAUUCUGAAAGUAAUGGGGAGGCUCUUGCUACGUCAGGAGACCAGCAUACAGAUCCUCAAGCAGAACUCGGCAUGGGAUGUUUACCUCCAGCCAGGAGCACAGGGCCCUCUACCCCUCCUGUUCAGGGCGUCCGAGACCUACAGAGCAGAGGCCAAGACCAAGCGCAUGGAUUGCCCGCUGAGAGCCCAGCUGCUGAACACCUUGUUUCAGACAGUCCUGCAGUGCAUCAAGAACAUCAAGGAGAGCCCGGAGCAGCUUCAGGCGGUCCAAAACCGUGGAUGGAUCACGGGCGACGGUCGAUGGGUCUACCAGAGGUGGGACCCUCAGGCGCAAGCCCUUGCAGUCGACGAGGGGAGGACCCCUCUCGAGCAUCAGGAGCUCGUCACAUUGCUGAGCCUGAUGGCUCAAGCGGUCCGUCAACGAGAUGUUGUGCACAGGUUCAACGCGACAUAUCCGAUCACAGUGGAUCAGCGCAAUACGGCCAGGUUCAUGCUGGAGAUUGGGCUCAGGGCGAAGGGAGUGGGGGAUGUCUGGAUAGGGCUCGAGGCCCUGCAAGGACUGGCAGCCCUACAGGUUGUGGGGAUGCAACUUCGACGAGAUGGACUACGACGAUCGAGUUUAGCCGAGGACCUCCAGAAGAUGCUGAACGAGUUGUGCGCCGGAUGCACAAUUCUUUGGAUGUUUCCCUCAGGCUGUUUCGGGGUUGGCAGUCGUGAGUGGCAAGCCAGACUGGGGAUUGGCGGGACACAGGCCGUGACCGUUGAUUCGGGCUAUCUUACUAGCCCCAUCAUCCUGCACCUACGAGGUGAUGGCGGCGAUGAUACCUUGCAGGGAUGUAUUGAUCGAUGGCAUCAGCAGGCUCAUCCACACGGCUUGAAAGAAGCGUACCCUGUUGUGCUUAUGCAACUGGCCAGAUACUCCUUUGGGGCCGAUGGAGCAAGCAAAGAUCGCUCGGGGAUUGCGAUCAGCCAGCGAGUUUUUCUUCCUGUUUUUGGUCGUGGCCUUACAGCCUUCCGAGCCACGUACUUGGUAUGCUCGAUCAUCGUUCAUCAUGGAGUCCAAACCAAUGCUGGACACUACACCUCAUUGUUACUGGAGCCGGGCGCCCUGCCCAGGAACAACUACUGGGGAACCGAUGAUGGGAAAGCGGCCAAAUCUUAUGGCCGUAUGCCCAAGUGUGUCGAGCGUGAUGCCUAUGUGCUCAUAUUGAUUCGCUGCAGGUUUACAGCUGCUAUGGGCUCCACUCAUGAGCCUCUGAGCUGCGGCUCGCUGGCUCGAUGA